AUGUCGACAAGUAAUUUAAGUGUUUUCAACAAAGAAAAUUUUUUUUUUGAUUUUUCUUUUUUCAUUUUCUUCUUGUUUUUCCAGAAAAACAAAGAUUCCAUGUCGGAAUUUAUUGGAAAUUCUAAACAUAAAAACGGAUACGGAGGUAAACCGGGAGCAAUGACGUAUACAAUGACAUCAACCGGUAAUAAACCGCAGCCAUCAAGUCCAGACAUUCCAGACUCCGUUUCUCCAAUAUUGGAAUCUCCGAGUGCUCCAGUGUCUCACAUAGGUUGGGUACUACGUUCGGUUUUAUUAUGUAAAACGAUUUUAUUAAAAGAUAGAAAAAUAAAAAAUAAAAUAUUAUGGAAAUGUGGAUCUGGAAUAGAAUUAGUGGAUUGGUUAUGCGAUCAAAUGGAUACCAGCAGACAACAGGCGACAAUCAUGUGGCAGGUUUUGAUAGAAGAAGGAGUUCUUAUACACGUUAAUCGGGAACAUAUAUUCAAAGAUAAAAAUUUACUUUAUCAAUUUUGGGAAGAUGAAGAUGGCGGUGGAAAAUUACCAAAUCAAAAAGAAUUAAAUGAAGCUGUCGAGUGCCUUUCGGAGUGCCUGGCAAUAUUAGCCAAAAGAGCUCCAGAUGCUGCAUUAAGAAUGAUGCUUAGAAAACCAAGCCACGAAAGAACUCCCGAAGAAUUAGAAAUAAUUUAUGAAGAAUUAAUUCACAUAACGGCUUUAUCACAUUUAUCAAAUACCGUCAAAAGAGAAUUAACGUCGGUCAUUGUUUUCGAAGCUCAUACAAAAGCUGGAACGAUAUUGUUCGAACAAGGAGAAGAAGGUAAAUCUUGGUACAUAAUUUUACGGGGAUCCGUUGAUGUUGUCAUUUAUGGUAAAGGUACCGUAACGGUUUUACAAGAAGGUGAUGAUUUUGGUAAAUUAGCUUUGGUUAACGAUACGCCGAGAGCGGCAACAAUUAUAUUAAGAGAAAAUAAUUGUCAUUUUUUAAGAGUCGAUAAAGAAAAUUUUAAUAGAAUUCUUAAAGAUGUCGAAGCAAAUACGGUUAGAUUACAAGAACACGGAAAUGACGUACUCGUUUUGGAGAAAACAAUACAAAAUCAACAUCACAAAAGUCAGUUUAAUUACGUAGUGAAAGCUGGAACACCGGAAAAAAUGCUCGAACAUCUUUUGGAAACGAGAAUGAAAAUAAGGGGAUCCGUUGGGGGUAAAGAAUCCCUACAAGUACCACAUUCUGAUUAUUUCGUUGAUGAUUUUUUAUUAACAUACGUUGCCUUCAUGACAACAACGGAUCUCAGAUUUUUCCUUAACGGUUUAAACACAUACCGCGCAUUUUUACCAAAUCAAAAUCGUGAUUACGCAUUGGCAUGUAAAAAAAAAGUUAUUAGAUUUAUACACCGAUGGGUCGUUACGAUAAGAUAUCCGGUUUUUUCAAGUUCCGGUUUUAGAUCUUUUCUUCAGGAAAUAUCAAAAGAAAUAGAAACGGAAAGUUCGACUUAUAGAAGUUUAGAAGAAGAAGCGAGUCUUAUGCAUCACAUAUUAACGGAAAUGGUCAGACACGAUGAUGAAGUUAAAAAACACAGUGGAAAAAAAUGGAAAUUACCACCUUACGGACAACCUAUAAGUUUAUUUUCCGGUGGUACCGGUCCUCAAAGAAUGAUGAAACCGGAUGAUGAUAUUAUAUUUCGGGUUUAUUGUGCGGAUCACACGUAUUGCACACUCAGAAUGCCACUUAAUUCCACGGCGGAAGCGAUAAAAUUAUCGGCUGCUGAUAGAUUAAAAUUACGUAAUUUCGAUGAUUUAGCAUUAGCGGAAGUGAAAUCAUCCGGUGAAAGAAUAAUUAUCAAAGAUCAAGAUGUUAACGUUCCGACGGCAUUAUCUCUUAACGGAAGAUUGUUUGUGUCACCACGUGAUCAUUUAGACGCUUUGACGAUCGUGCCUGAGCAAGAACAACCGACGGAAUGCGAAGAAAACGACAUUGAAUCAUUUAGUACUAAAGAAUUAGCUUAUCACAUGACCCAUUUUGAUUGGGAACUUUUUUGUUGUAUUAACGAGUACGAAAUGCUUUAUCACGUGAUUGGAAAACAUCAUUUCGGCGAAUUAACGGCUAAUUUGGAAAUGUUUUUACGUCGUUUCAAUGAAAUACAAUAUUGGGUAGCAACGGAAAUCCUUCACACUCAAAGUUUAAGCAAAAGAGUAACGGUUUUAAGAAAACUGAUAAAAUUAGCUUCUUAUUGCAAAGAAUAUCAAAACUUUAAUGCCUUUUUAGCUAUAAUAACGGGUCUGAACAAUCAAGCCGUGUCGCGUUUGUCGUUAACGUGGGAAAAACUACCAAAUAAAUUUCGUAAAAUGUUUACAGAAUUUGAAAUAUUGAUCGAUUCGUCACGAAAUCACAGAGCUUAUAGAGCUGCCGUUGGUAAAUUACAACCUCCGGUCCUGCCUUUUAUGCCGCUUUUAAUAAAGGACAUGAAUUGCGCGCAAGAAAAUCACAAAACAUUUACCGACGGUUUGGUUAAUUUUGAAAAAAUGCAUUUGUUCGCUCAGACAAUCCGAACAAUGAGAUAUUCAAGGAGCAGACAUUUAACCCUGGAACCGCCGUCACCGAAAAGCGAAGGAAACAUUCGAUCUUACAUCUCUUGCCUUCGCGUUAUCGAUAAUCAAAAACAAUUAAUGAGCUUAUCGCAAAAACUCGAACCGAGAAGGUCUUAG